AGCUCUCCACACCUUGUCCCCCACGGGCUAUUUUCCCCUUCUAGGCCCGCCCCUUUCCCUCCCCCGCUCUCCUCCCAGAUUCCGGGCGCCGCUGGGCCCCGCCCUGCAUGCGCGCACACUGACGCAGGCGCACUUACAUACCCACGGAGCCAUGAGGGUGGCAGGCCCCCUGCGCAUUGUGGUGCUGAUCCUUACUGCCGGCCUCACCUGGAUCAUGGGCAGCAUCCUCCUGGGGACCCAUGGGAGCAGCUUCUCUCGGCUACAGCAGCUCUUCAGUAGUCCCGAGAACGCAGUGACCACAGUAGCAGAAAGGGCCUUCUCCCUGUGGUCAGUCCAGCCCAGCCCCGAGGCCAGUCGCCCUGCCAGGCGUGAGAAACCCCGGGCCAGGAAGUAUAAGUGUGGCCUGCCCCAGCCAUGUCCCGAACAGCACUUGGCCUUCCGUGUGGUCAGUGGGGCCGCCAAUGUCAUUGGACCCAAGAUCUGCCUCGAGGAUAAGAUGCUAAUGAGCAGUGUAAAGGACAAUGUCGGACGUGGGCUGAACAUUGCCCUGGUGAAUGGAGUGAAUGGGGAGCUCCUUGAGGCCAGAUCCUUUGACAUGUGGGCUGGAGAUGUCAAUGAUUUACUGAAGUUCAUCCGGCCACUCCAUGAGGGGACGCUGGUAUUUGUGGCUUCCUAUGAUGACCCAGCCACCAAGAUGAACGAUGAAACCAGGAAAAUCUUCAGUGAGCUAGGCAGCACAAACGCUAAGGAACUGGCCUUCCGAGACAGCUGGGUGUUUGUUGGCGCCAAAGGAGUUCAGGACAAGAGCCCCUUUGAGCAGCACAUGAAGAACAGCAAGAACACCAACAAGUACGAGGGCUGGCCAGAGGCACUGGAGCUUGAAGGCUGCAUCCCUCAACGGACAGUAGGCCCCCAGUGAGCUGUUGUGCUGCCUCUACCUCCUUCCUUACCUCACGGCAGACCUGGCCUGCUGAAAUGCCCACGGGGGCAAUCUGUUCAGCCCUUCCCUGGAUUGAAUGACUCCUGGAAAAAGCCACCUGACUGAGGGGUGAGAGGAUGGGAAUGGAGGCCGACCUGGCUCCUGCUCCCCCCGAGCAUUCACAGAGCUCUCAGGGGCCCCUUCCCCCAGUGCCUUACUCCUUCCAGGAAUCCUUUCUUGCACUUUUUCCACAUCACUCCAGCUCUCUUGGAAACUGAAUGUAACAGGUGGUGGGAUAGUGAGACCCCUAUGGGAGGGGAUGCUUCCUUCAGUCAAUCCUAUCCCCUCCCUCCCACACCAUAUACACACAGACCCUGGUCUGGCCAGGUUGGACCCCUAACACAUCCAGGGCUCUCUUCUCCUUCCCCCCCUUCUCUCCGAAUCGUUCCCUUCAUGCCUUUGGCCUUUGCUUUAGGCGUGCCAACAGCCCCCCUCUCCCACUCUCUGCCCUGGUUCCCAGAGCCCAUUGCCCUCUCUCAGGCUGUGCUACUCGGUGUAGCAGAGUGGUGUGACUCCGGGGUGGUUGCAAGAGCUCCGCAGCAACCCCACAUCUAUGUCUUCCGGCCUCAUGACUUCUUUUUAGAUGUCAAAUUAAAGAUAUAUGCAAUUCUUUGUAGUUAACUUAGAAUGACCUUUAAUAAAUGGAAUUCCUAGUUGA